AUGGUUUUAACUAACGCCGUUUACUUCAAAGGCUUUUGGAAAUACCCGUUCAAGCCUCAAAGGACCCACAAGGACAAGUUUUUCGUAACCCCGGAAGAGUCUGUCCAAGUGGAUAUGAUGUCGCAAACGAGGUUCAAAUAUGUGGACUCGGAGAAGCUUCACGCCCAGGUGCUGGAGAUGCCCUACAGGGGCGACGCCGUGUCCAUGGUGGUGCUCCUCCCGCGAAGUGGGAGAGCCAAGGAGGUGGACAGGCUGGUCCAACGCCUGAAGCCCAAGGUACUCGUGUCCGAGUUGAAGGCGAUGCCCUCCGUCUCGCUGAGAGUCAGGUUUCCCAAGUUCAGCGUGGAGAGUACUCUCGGGGAUGAACUCAUUUCGGUAUGUUUGAAUUAG